UUUUUUACCGUCACUGCUAACCUCAAUCGGAUGAACAUAUUUUGACAGUUCAGCAGUACUGUUUGUAAACAGAAAUUUCUUUUGUUUGUUUAUUGACAAAUUGGAUCAGACCAUUUACGAUCCGUAUCGCCUAAAUAAAGUUUAAAAACAUUUGUUCACGAUUGAAUACGGUUCGUUUUUGAUAUUUAUUAAACAAAAGUGACUAGUUGCAAAGUGUAAAGAUGAUUGUUUUAGAUGUGCUCUUCGAUUUUUGUUUAAGCUUGUUUGUAAACAGUACCGCUGAACUGUCAAGGAUGAAUACUUGUUCAUUUGUGUCGUCACGAUAAAAAACCUAAUAAAGAUUUUCUGUGAAGAUAUCUGGCAUCUCUGGUGGAAUGUAUAUUUGGUUAACGGUGUUAAAUAAAAAGGUUAAAAACAAUCCAAACAAAUGAAAACAAAUCAUGACGACGUCUAUCGAAGAUUUACCGGAAGAAAUGCUGGUAAAAAUCUUCACCCAUCUCGAGCUGGAAGAUCGCAAAACCACAGCAGCUGUUUGUCAUCGGUGGUCCAGGUUGGCUCUUCGUUGGACAGAACUGCAACUGGUGGUCGACUUUCGUCGACCUGGUGAAGAGGAUACGAUUCAUCGCAUUCUACUAUGCAGUUCGAGGCCGUACAGACAUCUGGUUCUUUAUUUCGGCUACGAUUAUGCCAAAUGUAAACUGUUGUUGCAAAUUUUGGAGAAAUUUUCUUCAACAAUGGAUACACUGAAACUUUUGCCGAACAAUUUUGUACCGGUAGAAAUUGAGUUUCUUGCGAAUAUGUUGAAAUUCUGUUCAAAUCUGAAACGUCUUCACGUUGAUGCCUGCACAUUUCAGCAUCAAACUGAUGCCGAAAUAAAUUUUCCCCCGCUUAACAAUUUGUGUGAUUUGUACUUGGAGAACAAUCUGUUGGAUCUGCCGGAAAUCGACUUCCGAGAGGUGACACCGAACAUCACCGGCUUACACCUACAAAUCAGCUAUUAUUCCAAGCGGCCGCAACAAUUUCUGCAGCAUUUUUGUGCUCGUUUGAAAGAGCUGGAGGUUUGGUUUCUCACCGAGGACCAUUUCGCCAGUGUUUGCGGAAUGAAUUUUCCGCUGUUGGAGAAGGUAAAUUUUUACUCGGUCGAUUCCAGUUUCGAUGACAGUCGUUCGCUCGAUUCGUUGGCGGGGUUCUUCCAGCGAUGUGCCAAACUGAAAGACGUAACCCUGCGAUGUAACGCCAAUGAGCAUGUGCUGGGAAGAAUAGCACCGUUUUGUAGUAAUCUGCAGUGUUUAUGUAUCAGCAUAGAGGAGCUGUCCGAAGAAUGUUUCCGAUAUCUCAGCGAGCUGCGAUGUUUGAAGCGUCUUAGAAUUGAGGAUGCGAUAAUUCAUGCUCCCGAUCCGGGGCAUUGCAGUCCUUUCAAGAAGCUUCAAAUGCUUUCCCUAUAUUCGGUACAUAUCAGGGAUCCGAAAAAAUUUAACACUUUCGCAUCCACAUUGUGUCCAGCCCUUGCUAUACUCGAGCUUUUGCAUCUUUGCUGUGGUAUGAAUGAGGCGACAAUGUUUAAAUUUUACAGUGCUAUCUGCUCGAAUCUGCUCUAUCUUCAGCGAUUGGUUUUACACGAAUCGGAAAAACUCCUAGAUUUGGAUCUGUUCUUUUACUUUGCCUCCCUCUCACAGUUAAGAGAGUUAAGGCUGCAAUUUCGAGGUCUAACCGAUUACAUCUGUACAUACGAAUCGAACCUAGUUUUUAUACGGAGUUUAUCAAUAGACGUUCCGUCGAUUAAUGAUACCUGCCUGUUGAAGCUACUGGAGCUUUUACCUACGGUGAACCGGCUUCACCUGUCCAGCGUGAACGACUGCUCGGCAGAAGGAAUUCGACAGGCAAGAGAACGACUACCGCUGUGUGAUAUUAGUGUUAAGCAAAGAGUCCGCAUCGAAGAGCGCUUGUCCUAAUGUGCCUUGUUUUCAGUUAGGUUAGCCUUGUUUAUAACUUUAGUAAAAGAGAUCAGUAUAUUUUAGAUUUGAUCAUUUAUUUGUUUGAAAAA